AAACCGUAACGGCGCAGCAACAUGGCGGCACCGAGCUGGCUCGAGCGUCUGAGGGCGGCGGGAAAAACAGCAGUUAUUCAGGAUGGUAAGAGGAAAGUACAUUAUCUCUUUCCAGAUGGCAGUGAAAUGGUAGAAGAGUAUGAAGUCUCCAAUGAUCAACUCGCAGUCAGAAAGUGGAGACAGAAGAGUCAGUUGGGAUCCCAGGGGCAAUGGCAGGUUGAGAUUGGGGAUACAUCAUCUAGAGCAUUCGGAAGCUUGGAACAGCAGCUGAUACAGGAGAAUAGCAGCAAUCCUAUUUUCACAAGGAAAGACACCAAGGCAAGCUUCCAGUGGAGGAUCCGAAAUCUGCCAUAUCCAAAAAAAGUCUACAGCGUCACAAUUGACCCAGAGCAGAGAUGUUGCAUUGUGAGAACAUCAAACAAAAAGUAUUACAAGAGGUUUAACAUUCCAGACAUGGACCGGUGUAGAUUGUCCCUGGAUAGUUCAGCUGUUAGUUUCACACAUGCCAACAAUACCCUCAUCAUCACAUACCAAAAGCCUACGGAAAUCUUGCAGCUGGAACAGGAAGUGCUACGAGAGCUGAAGAAAGUGAAGGUGGCUGAAGAUAGAGAUGUUGAAUGUAAAACACAGUGAAUCUGAACACCAUCUGAAAUACUCUAAAUCAACUCUGCAAGGCUGGAUCCUACUUUGGGAGAUGCAGCGGAUGGAGAAUCUCAAGAAAUUGAACCCUGUAGUGGCAUUCAUGCUGCUAAAUGUGGCCCAAAUGUCAGUACAUUGGAUGAUGUAUUGUCACAAACUAUAUGGGAAAAACAAUGAGUUACUGGUUUUGGAGGGAUGAAAAGUUGUCAUGAAAUAUAGAGUUUAUAUUUAAUCUGUGUGUGUUCUUUUAACCCUCAGACUAAUUCUCUAGCAGAGGAGUAAAAAAUGAGGUCUGCAGAUGCUGGAGAUCACAGCUGCAAAUGUGUUGCUGGUCAAAGCACAGCAGGCCAGGCAGCAUCUCAGGAAUAGAGAAUUUGACGUUUCGAGCAUAAGCCCUUCAUCAGGAAUAAGAGAGAGAGCCA